GUUCCAGUACAGUGUCCUGGGCAGUACCGUCACAAAAAAGCCCUGAUCCUAGCACCUUUCACCAACAUUGAGCCUGGAUGGAGGAAGUCUUCCUCUCUCUCUCCGGCACCUGCCUGUUCCCUGGGCUGCCGAAUUCCAAUCUGCUGACGGCCAGGUCAGCUGAUAGGGCGAGGCCCCGCCCAGACAGGCAGCACCUGCUCUUAUAAAGUCACCGGCCCGUGGGAGAGGCAGGUAGAGCGUGCAGGAGAAGACACCUGCUCCGGAGCUGUCCCACAGAGGUUCCUGCGCAGGAAGCCGCCAUGUCAGCGCUGUACCCGUCCCUGGAGGACAUGAAGGUGGAUCAAACCUUGCAAGUAAGAGGCUGGGUUUUGGGGCUUGUUGGCACCAAGCUGGAGGAGCUCCGGGGAGGCCCUGACAGGGCUCCAGGCAGUGGGCUCAGCGCCCGGUCGGCGUCGCUCUCUGACCCACGUUCUCUCUCGCCCUCAGCCUCGCCGGUUCUGUACCCAAACCUCGCGGAGCUGGGGGACUACAUGGGCCUCUCGCUCGCCAGUGAAGAAGUCCAGAAGGACCUCGCCCUGAUCUCGGCAAGCGACAAUGCAGGGGGCCUGGACCCCUCCUCCCAGGGCCUGCUGGUCGCCCCGCUGACGGGAAACAGCCUCGGGCUGCGCAGGGCGGAGAUCAAGCCGGGUCUGCGGGAACUGCAGCUCUGCAAGGACGAACGCGGGAAGAUAGGCCUCAAACUGAGAAGCAUCGACAAGGGGGUGUUUGUGCAGCUGGGGAAGGCCAACUCCCCCGCCUCCCUUGUGGGGCUGCGCUUUGGGGACCAGGUGCUGCAGAUCAACGGGAAGGACUGCGCCGGCUGGAGCACAGACAAGGCGAAGAAGGCCCUGAAAAAGGCCGCCCCGGAGAAAAUCGUCGUGAUCGUGCGGGACAGGCCCUUCCAGCGCACUGUGACGAUGCACAAGGACAGCACGGGGCACGUCGGGUUUGUCAUCAGGAAGGGGAAGAUCGUUUCUCUCACCAAAGGCAGCUCGGCCGCCCGGAACGGCCUCCUCAUCAACCACUAUGUCUGUGAGGUGAACGGGCAGAACGUCAUCGGCCUGAAGGACAAACAGAUCCUGGAUAUCUUGACGACAGCUGGCCAGGCCGUCACCAUCACCAUCAUCCCCGCCGUGAUCUACGAGCACAUGGUCAAACGGCUGUCACCCAGCGUGAUGAAGUCCUCCAUGGACCACUCCCUUCCUGAAGUUUAAUGUCAGCCAUAGCUCAGAAGCUUCCUUCCUCUAAGAACUUGACCAAAGACUUUCGUACGGUGCCUGGGGAGCCAGGCGCUGGAGCAAAGACCGACUGUUUCCUUUAAUCUUUUCUUCCGUCUCCUGGCCAGGCUGGAGCUCUCUUUGCCCACCCAAGCAGCUGGUGCCCAAAGGAACGCAGGGAGGUGGAUGGGGGGAGAGACAAACAGAAGCGAGGUGCAGGACUGGGAGCGUAAGGUCGUUCCUGCUGGAGGCCUUGGGAUGGAAAGGCCCCAUGCCGAGAGCUAGCUUAAUAAAUUAAACGAACGUGGCUCCUAGGGACCGACUUAACUGAGCCCUGCGACUGGCCAGCGGGGCCUUUGCUCAUUCCUCUUCGCACACGUUGGGCCAUGGGGAGGAGCUACAUCCGGGCCCAGUGGCUGUGCUCCGGGGAGGGUUUGCGGAGCAGGCGAGCAGCCCCGCUGGGGUUUGUAACAGAGUAAAGGGCAACACAGGUGAGAUUGGGACAGGCCUCAAGGCAGCAAGACAGGGGCACCUUAGUACACCCGCAGGAGCCCAGUGCCGUCCCAACUCCAGGCAGCAUAAAGGCCCCAGUCCUGGCUCAGAACCCGGCACUCAGCACUAGCGAAGAAAGUCUUGCUCCUGUCUCCCUCAUCCACUAGAGCCACGCCCGGCAGGAGCUGGUCGGCGCUCUGCCACCACGGCGUUGAACGAGAAACGCCCUGUCCCCUUGGCUUCAUCGGCCUUCCUACUUCCCUCGUCCUUUCCCCCCCUACCCUGCCCUGGGAUGCACAUGAGACAGAAACAGGCUCUCACCACCCAGGCAGGCCCAAAAGCCUCGGCCACGUCUCCCCCACCCCGGCUUGGGCUUGGCCGAGAGCGCAUUCGCAUCCUAGGAGCGGAAUGGACCUAGCGGAGAUACCGAGUCUGAUCCUGUACAGCCGUGCCUCUGCCCCGACGCCAUUUCACCCCUCUGAGGCGGGAGAGCAACGGCGGAAGGCUUCCAGCGCCGGUCUUCACCACCGGCGGCCACGGCUGGCUCCAUGGAAAGAGACGCGGCAACGACCCAAUGACAUUUAUUACAUCCACCAACAGACAGAGAUUACAGGCCCCUGGAAACAGAAAGUGGCUACAGUGUUUAAGUUCUGUAUUUAAAAAUAUAUCGAUAGAUUUCUCUUUCCGA